AGCGUUUACUACUGCUGUAUAGUACUUGAUUACGGUUUGCUCGCGUUACCGAAAGACUUUUUUUUUUUAAAGAUGAACUUGAAGCUGUGUAAAUCGUUGUAUAGGAUUUACUACAAUAACGUGGUUUAACUGCAUUACCGUGUUUAAAGCGUUGUAUCAUCGAUAAGUCCAGAACUGAAAAUAGCAAAAUGUGCGAAGAAAUAAUACUUCACAGGUACGAUGACACGCCUUGGGGCUUCCGUUUGACGGGAGGUCACGAUUUUGGAAUUCCUUUGACCGUGGUCCGAGUAACCGGUGGCAGCCUGGCCGAGGAAGCAGGGAUGUGUGUUGGGGAUAUGAUAAUCGAAAUAAACGGCGAUCCAACCGCUCAAAUCACUCACAGCGAUGCCCAGCAAUAUAUUCUGGAAGCCGGAAAUACCGUCAACCUCUCUAUUUUACGAGGAAGUCCAGUGCCAGCUGUAACGCCAACCAGAUGUCUUUAUACGCCGUCGGCCAUGGAGCGAGCGACCUCGUCUGUUGGAAGCAUUGCCGAACACGAAUCGUCACAGAAUUACGGCGAAAUUCACAAUUACAGAGAUAAUGUUGUAUCGGCUGCAUCGUCAGGCUACGAAAUGACUGAAGAAGAAAUCGCCGAGAAACUUCUGGAGAGCGCUGAAGUAAUAGAAAACAACGGAAAAAACGUCAUAGGGGUCAAUUUUAAACGCUUCGUGCCUAAAUGCGAUUUUAUUAAGAAUUCGUUAGUGUUCCAAACAUUACAAGAGGAACAGAUUUUCGACGAGAAAUCUGAACAAGAUCAACUGAAAAAAUGUCCCACAAAAAGGUUCUCCACGUUUUUGACGACACCCAAUCGACCGAGGAUCAAACCUCCCGAAAAAAAGAAACCAGAAGAGGUGAAAAAACAACCAGAGGCCGUUGAAACUAUCGUAGACUCGACCGAAAGCACUACGGAAACUAAGUCUUGCGAUAAAGUGUGCACCAACUGUAAGUGUAAAAUGACGGAUAUCGAAGACAUGGUUACUGCGGAUAAGUCAUGUGAAAAAGAUGAAGUUACUAAGGCUGAAGAGGAUACGAGCGUUGCGGAACAACAGUCUAGUAACGAAGAAGAAGAAAGAAAUGAAGAAGAUUUGGACGAAACCGUCAACGAGGAUGUCGAACAAGACGAAGAAAUAGAGAACAUGGACGUAGAGACAGAGGAAUCUGCGGAGAAACCACAGGAAACACCAGUUCCAGAUAUCGUUGAAAACGAGAAUGAAGAUCCUGAAAACGAAUUUGUAAAAAGCGUGCAAAAUAUUCAAAACCAACUGAACACCAUUCGUCAGCUACCGUUGCAAAUUCAAAAUCACAUAGCAUUGUUGGAGAAACAGCUGUCAGAAUUGUUGUCGAAAAAGAUCAACAGUGCCGGCGGGUCUGAAGGGCACGCCGUUGCCGAGAACGGUACGGGUCGACGAAGAGAAGACAGUUGGGUUAAGGUGGAUGAAGAAGGACGAGAAGAGGAAUAUGACUACGAGGAAGCAGUCGACGAAGCGGGCGUGGACGAAACAGACGACGGGGUAGAAUCUUCGGAAAAGGACGAGGGUGGCGAAAAUAAGGAAACGGCCGAAGAGGAGCAGCAGCAGGAUAAUGAUAGCGAACAGACGUCAGACGACAAGGAACCCGCCGGCAGACCAGUGUACCCGUUAACUCCUUUGCCCAGACCGAUCGUCUUACCGGGUGGUCGAAAGUGGAGAUGUCCCAAGGACGCGUAUAACGAAGAGUUCAUCGCAGAGACUUUGAUAUCCCAAGCAGAAGUUUUGGUCGGGUCCGCGAUGGGGGUUAACUUUAGAAAAUAUGAACCACCUAAGUUCGACGUGUCCAACUCGGCCGUUUACAAAUUAGUACAUAACAUUGAAUCAAAGAACACCGGAGGAAUAGAAAACAGACCGGAGAAGGUUUCCGCUGAAGAAGAUUUUUAUUAUCACAAACCGAUUGAUGCUCGACAAUUCUAUUUGGCCACACUUCCACAACCACCAAUAGUACCAGAUUUUGAAAACGAAAGUCAACAUGGGCAUUAGCAACCAGAUACUUUAAAAAUAAUUCCCAUACUUGCGUUGAAAUAGAACUACACUAUCACUAUAAAACUAUUAAUUUUACUAAAUUUUUAAAUGGACUCUGAAUUAAAAAAAAUAAAGCUUUUAAGUUAAUACUACUUUCAA